AUGACUGGAAUCGCAGUAGGCCUCAACAAGGGUCACGUCGUGACCAAGAGGGAGAUCUCGAAGCCCAAGACACGGGCGUCGAAGCGCGGAGCCUUCGUCCGCGGUCUGAUUCGCGAGGUUGCGGGCUUCUCUCCCUAUGAGAAGCGAAUCAUGGAGCUGCUCAAGGUCGGCAAGGACAAGCGCGCUCUGAAGCUGGCAAAGCGGAAGCUGGGCACCCACCGCCGCGCCAAGGUGAAGCGCGAGGAGAUGCAGACUGCUCUGCGCAAGAUGAGGUCCGCCACCAAGUAA